AUGAAUGGUGAAAUUCAUCAAGUCGAAUCCCUCAAGGACGGCCACCAUGACCACGCAGUUGCCGCUCCAGGUGAGGGUACUUUGAAGCGCAACAUUGGACCAGUCGGUAUCGUCGGCCUUGGCCUGUCCAUUGUCAACGGCUGGGUCGCAAUGAGCUCGACCAUUGUCAUCGGUCUCGGCCAAGGUGGCACCCCUAUCAUUCUGUACGGGCUGAUCGGCACGAGUCUUGUCAACGCGUUUGUUAUUUCUACCAUUGCCGAGCUGGCUGCUGCGUACCCAACUGCCGGCGGACAGUACGUCUGGAGUGCGAUCCUGGGUGGCGCGCUCGAGGACGGUGAUGACGAGGAGCAAAUUGAGGAGCGGCGGAGGACAUCAAAGCACCCACUGUCAUUUAUUGUCGGCUGGUCGACGGUGUACGAGUGGAUCGUCAUUGUCGCUGCCGUAUCAAUCAUCUGCAGUCAAGCGGUCUGGGGACUGGUCACGACCUUCCACCCAGACUUUGUGAUUGAACGGUGGCACGUGUUUCUCAUCUUCGAGCUCGUCAACACGAACAGUGCCAUUGUCAACAUCUUCUUCCUCAACCGCAUGCCCAACAUUGGCACCUUCUUCCUGGUCCUUUCCAACCUCAUGUUCCUUGCCAUCAUCAUUGUGUGCCCUUCAACCGCCAAAACGCACCAGAGCAGCUCGUUUGUGUGGACGCAGUGGCAGAACCAGACUGGCUGGACCAACAAGUUUGUCGUUGCCGCCACAGGUCUUGUCAACCCAGCAUUCAUUUGGUCUGGCGUGGACGGAGCAGUCCAUAUUGCCGAGGAGUGUCUCCAUUCUGCACGCACGGUUCCCAUCGCCCUUUUCGCCUCUAUUGGUCUCGGUUUUGUCACCGGCCUUGGUGCCUCCAUUGCCCUGCUCUACUCCGUGCAAGACUUUGACGCCGCUGCGUCCGCCGAGCUACCUUUUUUGACCAUCAUCGUUCAGGCGACCCGCUCCAAUGCUGCCGGCGUAGUCUUCAUGGUCGCCUUCCUUUUCAUCGUGCAGAUCAUGACGAAUUCUAUCCAGAUGGCGUCGUCCCGUCUCAUCUGGUCCUUUGCGCGUGACAAGGCUCUGCCCUUCUCUCAAAAACUGAGCCAUAUUUCGCCCACGCUCCGCGUCCCCGUCUUGUCCAUUCUACUCUCCUGGUCCGGCGUCACCAUUCUCGGCCUGCUGUACAUUGGGUCUGCGACAGUGUACAACUCGAUCAUUUCUUGCUGCAUUAUUCUCCAAAACAUUGCCAUUUCAGUGGUCGCCAUCCAGCUCAUGCUCAAGGGACGCAAGAUGAACCCCAACAGAUGGCUCAAGCUCGGUUGGUUUGGCUGGGUGGCCAACAGUGUCACUGUCGUGUGGACGGUCUUCACCACCGUCAUGUGGCUCUUCCCUCUCACGCCCAAGCCUACAGGAUCGGAAAUGAACUACUCGGUCGCCGUGCUCGGUGCCAUGGCGCUCAUCGCUCUUCUGGAUUGGGUCUUCCAUGCCCGCAAGCACUUCCACGGCCCCAGCAAGGCCACGCUUGAUGCGAUCGAGGAGGAGAACAGGAUAUACCAGCACCACGUCACCACUCUCCAGGACGCGUCGUACGCCAAGGAGCGUGGCGGUACAGGCGCAAACUCGUUCACAACAGCAUUCGGCGCGUCCCCAGCGUAUGUGCUGCCCGUGUCCGACGACGGAGGGUCCUCUGCCGAGAUAUUGCGGUGCUUUGGUGGGCCGUCUAUCGGUGACAUUCGCUCCAGGUUGAUUCGUCUCAUUCCCCAACCUCCCGACGGUGCAAACAGCCGAGAUGACCGCGAACGACUCGCCAUCUACAACCUCAUGGCGCACCGCUUUCCAGCCGACAUUUCAGAAAAGGCGGGUCGUGACAUGUGGGAGGAGAUCGUGGAAGGCCGAGGACCGCUGUGGAAUGGUGUUGGGGAUGACAAGAAGGAGUGCAUCAGAGCCUUCUUGGUCCAUUUCCAAGCCCUCAACCUCCGUCGCGCACACAAGCGGUUUUCGUUUCGCAACUUUUCUAUCGGCAAUGGUUUUUUGACAGGCGCAAGAGACCUGUUUAGCAAUCUGCCGAGCGCCAUCUUCCUCUUCAAGGCUGUGGCCGGUGUCAAUGAAAGCGUACAGGUGAUCCCUAUCAUCAACACCAACCGCAAGUCGUACACUAUCACUAUUGCUGCUCAGCUUGAAAACGGCACCAAACUCGUCGGACAGUGCAACAUUUCGCAUCCAGCCCCCGAGCCCGCGCAGCCCGUGACCACCCUCGUCCGUGCAAGGAGUCUGGCCGGUGCGCCGGGCAAGCCUCACCGCUCUCACAUCCGCCGCGGAAACAGGCGCGACUCGCGUACGUUCGACACCGCCGACACGCCCAUGUCGACGCCUGAACGCGGCGCCACGCCGUUCUCUUACAGCUACGACGGGCUCGAGGACGAAAAUGACGCCAUUGGGUCGUCCAACAUCUCCUACACAAAGGGCGCCGUGGAAGUGCCGCUGGAAGCCCGAAUUGAAAAGUUGUUCUAUAUCAACCUAUAUGGCCAGGAGAUCUUCCCUAUGCCCAACGAAGACCUCUUUGAUGCCAUCGAGAAACGCGAUGUGUUUGUCUACUCUUGCGGUUCGCUGUGGACGAGUAUCAUCCCCUGUCUGGUGUUGCGCGGCCUGGCCUCGACGAUCGCCCAGUCCAAAUCGCUCAAGGCCAAGGUCCUUUUGAUGAAUUCCGUCAACGACCGCGAAACGCCAGACUUUACGGCCAUGGACUAUAUCGACACCAUUGCCAACAUGCUGCGCCACUUUGACAUUCCGGUGCCGAUGCAGACGGCCAGGAACGGACCAGUCAUCUGGGAGACGACGAGCUUCAUCACGCAUCUGGUGUAUCUCGAAGGGUGUGCUGUGCCGGUAGAUGAAGCGGCAGUCCAGGAGCGAGGUAUCAAGGUAGUCAAGAUUCCGUCUAGCGUCCAUCGUACGCCACUGGGCAAGACGCCGAUGUUUUCCAGCCCCACCGUGGAGUGGGCCAUGGAACAAGUUGUAAACCACCUGUAA